CACUGGGGAGCCCAUCCAGAUCGAUCGGCGGCGCACGGCCGACGUCGUCCGCACCCCGCGCGCGCGGCGCUGACCAACGUGCGCCGGCAGAACCCCCUCGCCCGUUCACGCGUCGAUUUGGCCGCGGUUCUUAGGCGGCGGCGCGCCACUCCGCAGCCCGCACCGCGGAGCCCAACGCCUGCCGCCCGGCAGGGCAGCUUAGCGCGCGCCGCGCCGUGUUUAUCCCAUUUCGUCGGGGAAAUACGGCAGGAAACGAGGGGGAAACUCGUAAAAACCCCUUGCCGAAACCAAGCCGCCGCGUGCUCCUGCUCCCACCUUGACACCGUCCCGACUCCCCGCCGCGAUGAGAAAGCGCCCGGAGCCCCGUCUCGUCCGCGCCGUCACCGCCACCACCUCCGCCUCACCCGCCGCGCCCGUCCCGCCCCAGCUCCCAGCCUCGAAGCCCCCUCGCCCCGCCGCGCCCUUCCUCGCAGUGCUCCUCCGCCGCGGCCGCGCCGAUGCCGCGGCGCUCCUCAACCGCCGCCUCCGCCUGGCGCCCUGCUCGGAGGCCUGCUCCCUCCUUUCUGCGCUCCCCACCGUCCGCGACGCCGUCUCCUACAACACCGUCCUCGCCGCCCUCUGCCGCCGCGGGGACCUGCACCGGGCCCUCUCCCUCCUCCGCGACAUGUCGCAGGAGCCCCACCUGGGCUCCCGCCCCAACGCCGUCUCGUACACCACGGUCAUGCGCGCGCUCUGCGCCGCACGCCGCACGGACGAAGCGGUGGGCAUGCUCCGGUCCAUGGAAGCCCGCGGCGUCCGCGCCGACGUCGUCACGUACGGCACGCUCAUUCAUGGGCUGUGCGACUACGCGGACGUCGACGGGGCCGUGGAGCUGCUGAAUGAGAUGUGUGAGAGUGGUAUCGAGCCUAACGUGGUUGUGUACAGUUGUUUGCUGCGUGGGUACUGCAAGUCCGGGCGGUGGCAGGAUGUAGGCAAGGUGUUUGGAGAAAUGUCCCGGCGAGGUGUUGAGCCGGAUGUGAUCAUGUUCACUGGUUUAAUCGAUAACUUGUGUAAAGAGGGGAAGACAAUAAAUGCUGCAAAGGUGAUGGACAUGAUGGUGGAGCGGGGGCUGGAGCCAAAUGUGGUGACAUACAAUGUGCUGAUCAAUUCCUUGUGCAAGGAAGGGUCGGUGAGGGAGGCGGUCAGUAUGAGGAAGGAGAUGGAAGAGAAGGGGGUGGCACCGGAUGUUGUCACAUACAACACCCUGAUCACAGGUCUUUGCAGUGUGCUCGAGAUGGAUGAGGCCAUGGGGUUGCUUGAAGAGAUGAUUCAAGGAAAUAGUGUGGUUGAGCCUGAUGUGACGACGUUCAACUCAGUUAUACAUGGACUUUGUAAGAUUGGUCGGAUGAGACAAGCAAUCCAAGUUCGUGAAUUGAUGGCUGAGAAGGGGUGUAUGUGUAACUUGGUGACGUAUAAUUAUCUUAUUGGUGGAUUCCUUAGAGUUCACAAGGUAAAGAUGGCUAUGGAGCUGAUGGAUGAGCUUGCUAGUUCUGGAUUGGAGCCUGAUUCCUUCACCUAUAGCAUAUUGAUAAAUGGCUUCAGCAAGAUGUGGCAAGUUGACCGUGCGGAAAAGUUCUUGUGUACAAUGCAACACCGUGAGAUAAAGCCUGAGCUAUCUCACUAUGUUCCUUUGCUUGCAGCUAUGUGUGAACAGGGAAUGAUGGAGCGGGCUAUGAUUUUGUUCAGUGAGAUGGAGAAGAACUGCACACUAGAUGUUGUCGCAUAUAGCACAAUGAUCAAUGGUGCUUGCAGAUCUGGUGACAUGAAAACUGUAAAACAGUUGCUUAAUGAUAUGCUUGAUGAGGGUCUGACUCCUGAUGCUGUGACAUAUUCUACUCUAAUCAACAUGUUUGCGAAAUUAGGAGACCUUGGAGAAGCUGUGAGGGUUCUUAAACAGAUGAUUGCCAGUAGCUUUGUGCCUGACGUUGUUGUGUUUGAUUCACUGAUCCGAGGUUAUAGUGCUAAAGGCCAGACAAGAAAGGUUUUGGAAUUGAUCGGUGAAAUGAGAACCAAGAAUGUAGCUCUUGAUUCAAAAGUUAUUUCUACUAUUGUCACUUCUCUGAUGGCAAGCAAUGAAGACAAAAAGCUAUUGGAGGGGCUGCCCGAUUUUUCAAAAGAAUUACUGCAAGGCAACACUAUCUCGCCUCAGGAGUUCAUGAAAUUGCUAUAUAAAACAUGCUCUGCACUUGAACCUGGUGUUGCUUGAUGAGCCCCAAUCCAUGUGCUUGUGUUUAGAUAGCCUGCAUAUUUGAAGGCUAAUUGUACAGGUGCAGGCUAUAUCAUUUAAGCAAGCUUCCACCAACGGCAUGCGAGAGCAUCUGUUCUAAUUAUGAAGCCUGGUGCAAACUAAUCUGUCAAACCAUUUGAGAGGUAUCUUAGAGAAUCUUACUAGGUAUCUUACUAGGUAAUGCAAACAUCCUUUCUGUAGGAUUUCUCUCUGAUACAAAGACAUGAAAGUUCUCUUCUUCUUUUUCAAUCCCCUCUCCCCUCCAAUAUGUAAUUUUUAUCUUAGUAUAUGUUUGCUAUGCUCUUUGGUUGAUGUAAAUUCUUUGAGUUUCCUAGAAAAGUUUGUACAGUGAUGUAUUGCAUUGGAAUGUUGUUAUCGAGAUGGGAUACUUCAUUGAUCCAGGUGGAGAAGGGCCAUCCAUUUUCACCAAAUUCACAGAUAAGUGGUGGCUGCAUGACCACAUUAGCCAUGGUUGUAAGGUCAAUAUUGUCGCAUAUCUGGUUAUGGCAGCAGUGGAGCUCUCCGUGUCAGGGAAACCUCUCAACUAUUGAUGCCUUUGACCUGCAGAGAUGGUGUUUGCCUGCUUGGCAUGCUUCAUGGCACUCCAGCAUGCCAUUUUGAGGACUUGCUUAUGAGGAUAAAACAUCACUUUGGGACUGACUGUCAAAGUAUAUCUGGGGCACGGCUCAACCUGGUAGUCUCAUGUCGGUAUGAAGAGAAAUUAAAGAGAAAUUUGAUUCUACUUCUGAGCUACUGUUGCCAUGUGUGGUCUGUAAGAUGUAACUUUGAGACAUUGCAUCUGAUGUUUAAAUAAAAAGGUUCUCAUUUUCUUCUCA